AUGUCUGACGACGGAUACGAAGGCGGAGGUGAUGAUAUUGAUUACGAUGCCUCAGGGUUCGCCGAAGACGCUUUCGACGACAUUCUUGUAACUGAGGGCGAAGCUCCGGAAGGCGGCCAGGCAAACGGCUACGAAGGCGUAGAUGGUGCAGAACAAGACCAAGACCAGGAAAUGGCAAACGGGGAGGCCCCUCAGCUCACUGAGGAGACCAGCACGGCAGGGGCGGGAAUGUCAGGAGAACGACAGCCGAACAAAGUUCGAGUGACAACACCGUACCUAACAAAAUACGAGCGCGCGAGGGUUUUGGGCACAAGGGCGUUGCAGAUCAGUAUGAACGCACCAGUCCUUGUUCCGCUAGACGGGGAGACGGAUGCACUGCAGAUAGCAAUCAAGGAGCUGUCACAACGAAAAAUCCCGCUCAUCAUCCGACGAUAUCUACCAGAUGGCAGUUUCGAAGAUUGGAGCGUGUCUGAGCUGAUCAGCGACUGAUGUAUGCUCCGACGUGGUCUUCCACUGUAUUUCGUCAUUGAUAUCUACGCUCUGUUGCUUUCCUGGUGCAUGUCCUGCUUAAUGGUUUAGACGUCUAUUCCUCGCGAAACACGUUAAUGUUCAUGCGGCGGAAGCGC